CUAUUUAUAUAGUAAAUGAAAUAAAUUGCAUUACUGAUUUGUAUAAUAAACAUUCUAUUUAGUUUAGAUUGCUGUAAUUAAUCACAAAUUAAAAUUAGAAUAAAAAAAUUAAAACUUCACUUAUGGUUAUGAAGGCAUACUGCUUUAAAAUUGUGUAAAGGAAAAUCUAAACAACCACUUGCCACUUAACAAAUAAAACUUUGCAACGUCACUUCCACCGACGCCCCAGUGUGCCCUCUUCCCCCAAAACAAAACACUGAAGCAUAUCAUUUUUGAUAAAUCUAAUUCAUUGUGCUGCCCCUCAUUCAACACAAUUUAAGAAAAUUAAGUAACAUAAGUUAAUAUAAGUGAAUGUGAAAGAAUUUGCUUAUCGACAAAACUUUGUAGCGCUUCGAUUCGAUUUUUUUCUGUAAAAUACUAUCGUCGGUCACAGUUUAAAUUCAACGCUUUUAUCACAACUUUCCUGCAAUGGCGAGGGGAUUUGAUCACUUAUUCAAAUUAUUAAUCAUUGGGGAUAGUGGCGUUGGAAAAUCUUCACUCCUAAUUCGUUUCUCUGAUGAUACAUUCUCUGGCAGUUAUAUUACGACCAUUGGUGUUGAUUUCAAAAUACGAACAGUGGUAAUCGACGGUCUGCGUGUGAAACUACAAAUAUGGGAUACAGCAGGACAGGAGCGCUUUCGAACCAUCACAAGUACCUACUAUCGCGGUACGCACGGUGUGAUUAUUGUAUACGAUGUAACAAAUGGUGAUUCAUUUGCGAAUGUCCGACGUUGGCUGGAUGAGAUACAAAACAAUUGUGAUGUCGUGAAUAAAGUUUUAGUUGGUAAUAAGAAUGACGAUCCGGAUCGGAAGGUGGUAAUAACUGAAGAUGCGCAACGGUUUGCGCGUCAAAUGGAUAUUGAAUUAUUCGAAACAUCCGCCAAAGAUAACAUCAACGUUGAAGAAAUGUUCCUUUCGAUAACAAGGCAAGUGCUGCAGCAUAAAUUGAGAAAUGCGCAAAACGAACAACAAAAGGACACCAUCAACUUGAAACAUCAGAAGAAGAAAGGAAAAAGUAAAUGUUGCAGUUGAAACUUGCAAAUUUAUGAAAUAUGCAAUAGAAC